AUGGGCAAGCUUGUCACAGUAGCAACUUGCUCUCUCAACCAGUGGUCACUUGAUUUCGAUGGCAAUGCAGAGCGCAUAAUUACUAGCAUCCAGCAGGCCAAAGCAGCGGGGGCUCGACUCAGAGUCGGUCCUGAGCUGGAGGUUUGUGGAUAUGGAUGUGCGGACCACUACUUGGAGGGCGACCUCUUUCUUCAUUGCUGGGAAUCGCUGGCGACCAUCAUCACCCACCCAGACGUCAGCGACUGUAUUCUCGACAUCGGCAUGCCCGUGCGCCACAAUUCAGUCCGCUACAACUGCAGAGUCAUUGUCUUGAACAAGAAGAUCCUUCUCAUCCGUCCCAAGAUGGCCAUGUGCGAGGAAGGCAACUACUUUGAGUCUCGAUGGUUCACUCCUUGGACACGGCGACGAGAAGUUGAAGACUACCCGCUCGAAGAUGCAAUCAGCAGCGUCACCGGCCAGCGGACAGCACCAUUCGGAGAUGGAGUCCUCCAGACCAUCGAUACUCUGGUCGGUGCAGAGACGUGCGAAGAGCUAUUCACUCCAAAUGCUCCUCAUAUUCACAUGGGAUUGAAUGGCGUUGAGAUCUUUGUUAAUUCCAGUGGCUCGCAUUAUGAACUGCGAAAGCUCCAAACCCGUGUCUCUCUCAUUCGAGAGGCUACAAGACAGAACGGUGGAAUAUACGUGUACUCCAAUCAACGAGGCUGCUCCGGAGACAGACUGUACUAUGAUGGGUGCGCCAUGAUCUUUGUGAACGGCAGACUUCUAGCUCAAGGAAGCCAGUUCAGCUUGAACGACGUCGAGACUAUCACUGCAAACGUCGAUCUCGAGGACGUGCGAUCAUUCCGCGUUUCUCAUUCGCGAAAUCUCCAGGGUGCCCAGGCUGCGCCAUACCCCCGAAUACCUGUCGACAUCCGCUUGAUGCACCCGGGCUUUGAGCAGACCGGAAAAUUAAUCGCCCUCUCUCCAGAUAUCUCAAUUCGCUAUCAUUCUGCCGCCGAGGAAAUUCAAUUUGCUCCUGCUCUUUGGCUCUGGGACUACCUUAGGCGCUCCAGAACUGCGGGCUAUUUUUUGCCCCUAUCUGGUGGUAUCGACUCAGCAUCAACGGCUGUGCUUGUGUUUUCAAUGUGCCGGCUACUUUAUGAUGCUGUCACAUCUGAUCAAACCCUGGCCCACACCAAGGAGCUUGUUCUGAACGAUCUUCGUCGAGUCUGCGCACAGGCGGAUGACUGGACCCCGUCCAGCCCACAAGAGAUCUGUGGUCACAUUUUCCACUCCACUUACAUGGGCUCGAAGAACAGUAGCAAGGAGACUAGGUCCAGAGCGGCAGCACUUGCGAAAGCGAUCGGAUCUUAUCACGUCGACCUCAACAUUGACGGCGUUGUUUCGGCCCUGACCACUCUCUUCACCACCGUCACCGGAUUCACACCGAGUUUUACUUCCGAAAAUAAGUCCGAAGGGCUUGCCUUACAAAACAUCCAAGCGCGUAUACGUCUUUGGCUAACGUUCAUUAGUGCCCAACUCUUGCCAAGUGUCAGAAAGCGCAAAGGAGGCGGCGGUCUUCUGGUUCUGGGCUCUGCCAACGUCGACGAGCAACUCCGUGGCUACCUGACAAAGUACGAUGCGAGCAGCGCCGACAUAAACCCGAUCGGCGGUAUAUCCAAGGUCGACCUUCGAAUGUUUCUGGCUCACGCCCGAGACAAUCUCGACCUGCCACUUUUACAGGGCUUCCUCGACGCUACGCCAACCGCCGAGCUCAUCCCGACGACUAACGCCGAUGCCCACACCCAGUCUGACGAGGAAGAAAUGGGCAUGACUUACGCCGAACUCAGCGUGCUGGGUCGGCUGCGCAAGGUUGGACGUCUCGGCCCAUGGGGCGUCUUCGAGAAGUACGUACACAGCGUGGCACACGGUGCGAGCAUGACGCCGCGCGCCGUGUACGAGAAAGUGCGGAAAUUCUUUUAUUAUUAUGCAAUCAACAGACACAAACAAACCACCCUGACGCCCGGACUGCACAUGGAACAGUAUUCGCCGGACGACCAUCGGUACGAUAUGCGGCCGUUCUUAUACCCCAGCUUCACGGCGCAGUACCGCAAGAUGGAGAACGCAGUCAAGGUACUCGAGGAUAACGCGAAGAAGACGGGUGGAGAGAGCAAUGGCACAUGA